UUAAAGUACUGAAAGCAGCUGCGCCGGGCUCUUAUGAUGACAUACGGUGUGAGGUCGAUCCGUCCCACUGUCGAUCAGUCCCUAGUCGAUCGGUUCCAGAUGGUCCGUCCCCUGGUCGAUUCGGCCCAUUUUCCUUAGUCGAUCCGGCCCCUCCAAAUUUUUUUUAUUAAAGAUAUAAUAAAUUAAUUACUUAAGAAAGAGGGGAUGUUUUUGCAUGCAUAUUGCAGUUAUUAUCAAAAUUAAAUAACUGUCAGAGUUAGGUAUGUAAACAAAAUUGUUUAUACAACUCUUUGGCUUUAUCAUCUUCACAAGAUAAAGCUUUAUAAUUUUUGUUUGAAGUGAAAUAAUCAGUACAAUUGGUUAUUAAAAGGUCUGCUCCUUAAUUAUUGUAAAAACAUCAUUAUUUAAGUUUGUACAGCAAUCAAUGUAAAAGUGUGUCCAUUAUUCGUUGUGAAAACACCUUAGUGAAAACACUUUUAGAGGUUUUAUAACUGCAUUGUUGUGCAAACUUUGAUCAUUAAUUGUGAGCUUACAGUAACCUAACUUUAAGUUUUAAAAAAAAACUCCAGAAGUUCAAAGAAUUGCUCAAAGCUUAGGGAUAUUUUUCAUCUACUGUUUGAAACCAAGGAUAUGUCAGCCAAUCUUCAAUAUGGCCCAUCAUUCUAACAAUGGAGUUUCCAUGCCAGUACUGUCACCAGGAGGUCCGACCCAGGCAGCAAGUAUUAGAGUGUGAAAAGUGCACAAAGUGGCAGCAUCGUACAUGCAACACAGACCAACAUACUGACACAGGAAUAGAGAAUGUCGGAAUGCACGGAGCACAGCAGCUUAGAUGAACAUGGUUCAAGGGGAAUAACUCCUGUUUCUGAUGAAAAAUGUGGUGGAGAGUUUCCUUCAGAGACGGGGGAUCACGGCCGGGUCUCACAGAAUGCCGGGUCAAAAUCUCUACAAAUUACAGGUCGCAAUAAAGACACAGUGUCUAGUCAAAUUGAAAAUCUGUCUCCAACAACUAGAGGGAAACUACAGCUUAUAAUAGAGAGCCUUAGCAACCACACAGCUGUAGUAGGUGAAGAUGAGAGGGGACUGCCAACUGUACAGUAUAACCAGAAACAGAAACUUUACUGGGAUGGUUCAAAUGCAAACAAGAUUGCUGUGCCAAAGUCCGACCAAGAUCUCAAAACUAAGACGAGUGUCUGUCUGGAAAUGUUAGAAUAUAUGAAGUUAACAAAGGCUCCAUCGGGAGUAGUGCUGGACAAAACUAAGAUUCACACAGACAAGGGGCAGUACAGAGAGGAGAUAGAAUUUGAAAAGACAAAGGAAGUACUGGGCAGAGGAAAUUCGGCUGGAGAUAUUGUGGUUAUAAAGGACAAAGGAACACAUGCUGAUCAUGCCUUAAAAACAAUACUGAUCUCAGUUUUCCGUCCGGAGGAAAUUAAAGCUUGGGUGGAUUUAAGUGAGGAUGGAAUCUGUCCAGAACUGUACCUGUUCAGAUUGGAAGGAAACAGAGUGGUCGUGCAUAUGGAAAAAUUAGAUAAUGCCGUGACUUUAAACGAGGUGAUAAAUGUCCACAUGAACACAAUCAGACAGACCAAUGUGGCCCUGAUGAAGCCUUUCUCUCUCAGUAUUUUUCAUAACAUCCUCAACAUUGUACAGAGCAUGCAUGAGAAGGGAUGGAGCCACAGAGACCUACACUCUGGGAAUGUUAUGUUACAGAAAGGAUCUGACUAUGAAUUAAAAGUGAAAGUACUAGACUUUGGGAAUGCUGGAAGGAUAGAAGAUAAGGGGGGAUAUCAUGGGAUAAAGUCUGAUAUCCUUAAUGCUGUGAGGAACUUUAGUGCGCUGUACCUAGGAGAAGAAUUUGAAAGUCAGGUUGAUCUAGAAAGAAACUGGAGAAAAAAAAUACUAGAUAGGAUGCAAGGCUUGCCCAAUGAAGAAAAAGCUGAAAUGUUUUGUUUGUUUGAAACUGCCCUAAAAGUGGUUACAGCAGAAGACAUUGGUAAUUUGAAACAGUUCGUUGAUGAAAUGGCGUUGAUUGAUGGAAAAGUGAAUGGAAUUAUGAAAGAAGUGCUGCCAAUUAUUUUCCCCGAAGUAUCUGACCAGAAUAAUGAAUCGGAUACUGAGGAUGCUGUUGAUUUUGCCCCGGUCAAUUUGGACAGAUUCAUGAAGAAGCUGAGGGAAUCCAUAAUGAUUGGUUACUAAAAUUGAAGUCUGCUAAACUUGCCAUGUAUGGGUUGUUUGCUUCUUCUACUUAUUGCGCUGUAUAUGUGAAUAUCUGCCUCACUUUCAUGGGGACAUUUAAGGGAUUACUUUGUCUGUCCGUCCAUCUUAAAACUUUGUAGCGGUAAAUUCUACGACUUUGAUAUUUAAUUUGUGUAUUCCUUUAUGAGAGGACCACUUAAUUAAUCUGUAAUUAAUGAUGACAUUAAUGAUGACAUCACAGGCAACACACGUUCUUAGGAACACUUCAGUUACAUUCAAUGUUUGUUGGAUUAGUGGCAGCAGAUUAACCCCACCCCCAUGUAAAUCAAAAGUGCUUGAAUUAUGGGAUGGAAAUAUUUUAAGUUUUUUUCAGUAUUAUUAUAAUUUGCAAGUGGAGUGUUAAGAGCUUUUUAUUGUUUAUUUGAUAAUAGAAUUAUAAGCUUAUUUUUAUGGAGAGUUUUCCAAGACGUCAUUGUUAAAACCUGUAUUAUGACUAGUCUCAAUUUGUAAAUAAGUACAUUGUCAAAACCAUUGCCUGCUUAUACCUGUUACUUGUACUAUGUAUUUUAUCUUAGUGUGGAGUCCACAAAAUCUCUAGUUACGAAAAUCUCUAGUUUUUUAUUGUUUUCAUUAACUGUUAAUUAAAGGGACUGGUUCACGUUUUUCGAAAGAAAUGUUUUUCAUUUUUUGUGUUAAAAAUUAAAAAUAUAGCUCAUUUAAUGUUGACAACCAAAAUUUGGACCUUCUGAAUGCAAGGAUAAGAGCAGUAUCUUAGCUUUGAUUCUGUGUUAUGUAAACAAAGACUCCAGUCUUUUUAUGUAAACAAACAAAUCAGUGAAACGUUAAUUUUGUAAUUUAAAGCAUCUUCAUUUUGUACAAUCACAAAUUUUAACUUUUAAAUGACAAAUUUUACCUAAAGUAUGCUUGAGAAGUGAUAUGUAUAAUAAACUUGGAUCAAUAUUUUGAAAACCCCGUAAACAAUAACACCCCUCAAUCUUUGUUUUCAAAACAAAUAAUAAACUUUCUAUAAUGAGCUUCUGUCAUGAUGAAUAACCUUAAUUUUUUUUGUGAAACCUUUUAAACAUAUUAGACAGUAUAUUUUGAUCAUUUAAAGUGAAAAACAAAAUUUUGAGGAAAAUCAUGAAUCAGUCCCAUUAAUGUCCUGAAAUCCUAAUCUGUUAUAAGUCUUUGGUAAGACUGCUAGUCAGUUAAAUUUCUCCCAAGGUCUAUAUGGUAUCUCUUUACAAGAUACUAUUAAUCAAAGUCCUCAAUUGAAGGUGCUGUACAAAAUCUAUGGUUCAAAUGAAUUUUAGAAUGUGUUUUUUAAAGCAUGUUAUACGAUAAAAGAAAUGAAGUAUGAAGGGCUAUUUUGCUCUAUAAUACAGGUGUUCAUGUAGUUAAUACAUGCAUUGUCUUAGAUUAUAUCAUAUUUUUUAUGCUCAAAAUUUUCAAAUCAUAAAAAAUGUUCAUGUUUUCAAUAGUGCUAUUAUAGAGUUACAUAGAGAAUAAUAUAUACCCUUUACCAAAUCACGCUCGAUAUCAAUCUGAUAAGCCAACGUCAGCCCGGGGACUAAUAUUGGUCGAGGAAAGAUGUAGGAUGUGCUAUGAGCAAGGGUUUGUUUUGUUACAUGUAUAUUUCAUAGAAUACAUACUUAGUGAUGACAUACAGAAAUGAAAUAACGGAAGAUUUUGGAAAUGGGAAUUCUGAGUGGUAAACCCCCAGGAGUUCGGCAAGGGAUGUAUGCUUGACAUUGGUCAUCCAUUAUGGACCAGUAAUAAUUAACUAGUCAUGAUAUCGCUAUUGUUAUGUCACAAUGAAAAAAAAACCUUUGUAUGUAUCUCUAAGUAUGUAAUGAUUGCUAUGAAAUAGAUUUGAUGUAAUUCUUUAAAUCUUUUUUUAAAAAUAGAAAUAUACAUAUACUUAAAUUUUGGCUAAAUGACAAUCUGUGACCUGACUUAUUUUUUUUGUGUUAUUGUUAUUUGUUCAUAAUGACAGGGUAAUAUGAUUAAGUGUAGUGUUGUUCUAUGCACAGUUUCUUCAGAUCAAGAAACAUUGUGUAUAUACUUAUAUUUAGGUAAUAAAUGUUUGGGUUGUUUCUGUUAUUUAUGGUGGCAUACAACAAUGUAAGCAGGAGUAAUUUUGUAUUUAUAAAUUCAUAUUUUGUGUUUGUAUAUAUUACCGUAUAGUGGUUGUUUUUUCCACUGGUCUAAAAUUUGGCAAUUUGCUGGCUUAAAGGUACAUUUGUAUGCUAAUAAUUUCAGCGGAAUAAAUUUUGGCAGACAUGGAAGAUAUAUCAUUACACUGAUCUGUUUUAUUGUCAGUACGUGUCUAUGCAAACUAAUUCAAAAUGUUCUCAUGUGUCUGGGAAAGUAUUUUUACAUAAAUCAAAAUCUGUGCUCUUUAAGCUUAUUUUUUUUCUCUUAAGAUAUUUCCUAUCUCUGUGAAUAUAAUGAUAAUUGUAAAAACUGAAGUCGCAAUUGGGUGCAUAUUUGGUGAGUGAAAUUUUGGCAGAAAGCUAUCUAACCGCUGAAAUAAGCCAAAUUCAUCACCCUAUGGAAAAAACCGCUAUAUGGUAUAUAUUGAUACAUGUACGUGUAGAUAGAUGUUUUAUGGCAAGUUGAAAGGCCAAAUUUUUUUUUAUCAGGAAAUAUAAUACAUUGACACAAUGUAGACUUAUUACUGACAAAACACUAGUAAAUGUAAAUCAUAAGAUAUUAAAAACAGAAUGUAAAAUUUAUUUUUUAUAUUUUGCAUACCAAGUUUGAAACAUACUUUUUAAACAAUGAAGCAAUUUACCACACAUGUAGAUCUGCUCUAACCUUUUUUUUUUUUUUUUUUUUUUUUUUUUUUAUAUAUCUAUCCAUGUUUUAAAAAUCUGAUUGAUGAAAUAUUCUGUAUAUGUACACUGAUAAGUCUUAUUACACUGAUCUGUUUUAUUGUCAGUACGUGUCUAUGCAAACUAAUUCAAAAUGUUCUCAUGUGUCUGGGAAAGUAUUUUUACAUAAAUCAAAAUCUGUGCUC